AUGCCGAUCCAUGAUCCUUCCCUCGCUUACCUCAUCCGGCGUUCAGAAACAUCCCGUCUCUUCCUUGCGCCAUCUGGCACGAUCUUCCCUUCCCGCCGAUGUGUCUUUAUUUUAGCACUCGCAAGUCUUCUACUAUAUGCGUUUUACGUUUCUUCGCAUCUGCCAUUCCUCCCCAUUCUCAAUAUAGACACUAGUCCCUCUAAGUUCUGCUCCUUUACUUUGGCGACAACACAAGGCGAGUCCAGUGAGCGUUCAACAACGGAAGUUCUUCUAUUUUCUCCAGAUCUUGUUACGGCAACCAGCUUCAAUGAAGCCAACGUGUCGACUCCCCUCCCGUCGCCAUCUUCUCACUCGGAAAUCCUGUCGCUCAAACGUGCUUUGAGGUACAACUUAGGCGAGUAUGAGUUCAUUGGACUUUUUGAAGAUCGGACCCGAACGGCCGCAACGUUUGGUGAAGAUCCGAUACUCCGACGCCCCAGCUGAAUAUGUAACAAUGCAUUUGGCGAAAACCUGCGUUCCGUUCAAUUCCAAUGUAUGUGGUGUUGCCCUUCGGGCGUUCAUACGUAGCCUGCGUCUGGACUCUUCCUUGUCUGUGUACUUUCUCUCCGCGGAAGUUCCUUAGCCCGACUAAG